CUCAUCUUCAGUGCGGAAUCUUGACUCAGCUUCGUGACGGUCGCAUCUCGUCAUCACAUUCUUCCACACAUCCCUCUUCGCACAGCGUUCGCCAUGUCUGGCGCUCGUCGCGUCGUCCAAUUCAACCCCUCAGCCGAAUCAUGGACUGCGCCCGCCUCACCCAACACAGACGCUGUCCUCAACUUCCACCAGUCACUCCCCAACUACCAGCCAACCAAACUUGUCUCACUGGGUGAAGUCGCAAAAGAGUUGGGAGUCAAGUCUGUCUUUGUCAAGGAUGAGACUGAGCGUCUUGGCCUCCCGUCGUUCAAGAUUCUCGGCGCGUCAUGGGGGACAUUCUGCGCUCUCCUCAGGGCGCUUCAUCUAUCAGAGGCCGCCACGUUUGAGCAGGUCAAAAAGGCGCUGGAAGGGACGAAAUUCAAAUUAUACGCCGCGACAGAUGGGAACCACGGUCGCGCUGUUGCGCGGAUGGGAUCUCUCCUGGCUAUCCCAGCAGAGAUUCAUGUACCUCGUCAAAUGUCGUUGCAGACAAUAGAACUCAUCGAAAGCGAGGGUGCACAUGUCAUUUCAACGUCUGGAAGCUAUGAGGAUGCGAUAGCUGCUGCGAACGCAGGAGCCAAUGCCGACGAGCGCGGCAUCCUUGUGCAGGAUACUGCGUUUGAGGGCUACGAGGAGAUCCCCGGUUGGAUAGUUGAAGGCUACGGAACCAUGCUCCGCGAGAUUGACGAGCAGCUCGGCAACAAGAACGUCGAUCUGGUCGUCUGCCCCGUCGGCGUAGGCUCGUUAGCACUGUCAGUCCUGACACACUUCAAGAGAGAAGGCCGUCAAACCGCCAUGGUCACAGUGGAACCUGACACGGCGGCAUGUCUCUGGACAUCUGUGCACAAGGGCGAGUGGACUGCCAUCGAGACGACGCCCACUAUCAUGGCUGGUCUCGACUGUGGGCAGGUUUCGACCACCGCCUGGCCUUUUCUGAGGGAUGGUGUAGAUGCAUGCCUGACCGUGUCCGACUACGAGGCGCACAUGGCGCUAGGGGACUUGAAGGCUGCGGGCGUCCAUGCUGGGCCCUGUGGUAGCUCUCCGCUUGCUGCUCUGCGACGUUUGCGUGGGGAAGAUGGAGCAGACCUUGGAUUGACUGGGGAGUCCACGGUCGUUCUCAUAUGCACUGAAGGGACCAGAGAUUACAUGAUUCCAACCGAAGACGGUGCACUUUGCAAUGUAAGUUAUAAUUAACACAAGCGGCCUCGAUGAGAGGUAAACGUCUAUCCCCCACAGUCCGACCCCAUUCAA